UGAACAAACACGCUGUUGCAAAGUCAAAAUACGAGCAGCAUAGCAACUGCAUGCUCUCUUUGACUCCAUUCCGUACAUCCGCUGUCAAGAAAGAAUGGAGUGUUUGCACUUUGUAACACCCAUAUACCUCUUCCCGGACCUGACUAUGGUUCUUGGCUUUCUCUGGGGCACAGUAUAUAAUGACUCUCUUCUCUGUAUGGGCAACCUGGGUCGUCUUGCUAAGCCUUGCUCUUGUCAUGGCUGCUCCAAGUAGCGUGUUCGCAUCUGGUCAUGCUCUAUUUGGUAACUUUCAACUUGGCGCCUCGAGGGGCACUUGCACCAACGGACCAGCUCAAGCCCCAGCACUCUUCUACACGCCCAAGACCGAGAACAAUGUUGCCCAACCACUCGAUGUAGUCUCACUAUCGUCUCCCAUCGCCGAGAUCGCGGCGACUGCGCUCAAUCCACAGUCGUGUAUGUAUUGCAGAGGCAAGAGGUACGACUACACGGCCUAUUUCCAUAAUACCAACAUCUUCUCUGAGCCACCACAUGAGUUGCUGAAGCUGGUCGAAGAGUCGUACCUCCAGAAAAAUCGUCUGCAGAGCCUGUUGAUCAACUAUGCGCUACGAGAAAUCCCUCAGGACAGUAUGGAGCAAGCUCGGAAAGGCAUGGAGGCAUGGGAGACUGAGGUCAACAAUCUUACCAUGACGAUUGGAAGUAACGAAGCUCUGGAGCAGUUGCGGUCGUGGUCAAGCGAUAUGAUGCGACAGCUUUGGCAGCAUGUGCUCGGAGUACAGAAAAUGAAGAUGCCUCCUGGAAGGACGAAGGAACUCACUUCUCAGUUCAGAAAGUUGUGGGAAGUUGUUUGGAUCAGAUGUGUCUCGAUGAAAUGCUCUAUUCUGCAGGAGGAGACGGCGACCAAUUAGUCCUCGAUGGUACGGGGGACGUGCUCUUCGGGGCUGCUGUCGCCUGGUUGACUACCUCAAGCCGGAAGUGUCAUGUCAUGUUGACGCUGGGAUCAUGCCGCUCUAUUUCCCGGAUAAAGUCAACUGGGGU